CGCACCAGCCCCGCACGCCGCCCGCCCGACCUGGGGAGCGGGGACGGAGCUUCCCCCGCGCCGGUCGCCGCCAGCUCCCGGACAGCGCCCGCGCCCCGCCGGCUGCAAUACGGCCUGGAGCUGUCCGGGCACGGAGGGUGCUGAACCUCCGCAGGCGCCGCGGGGGAUGGAGGCGCCCGGCGGCCCCGACCCCUUGCCGCCCGCCUGAGCCCGAGCCCGCGCAAGCAAAACAGCGGCCAUGGAAGAGGAGCUGAAGUGCCCGGUGUGCGGCUCGCUCUUCCGCGAGCCCAUCAUCCUGCCCUGCUCGCACAAUGUCUGCCUGCCCUGUGCCCGCACCAUCGCCGUGCAGACCCCGGACAACGAGCAGCACCUGCCGGCCCUGCUCCAGCCGCGGGGCUCCGCGACGCCCGCAGCCUCCGCGGCCGCGCCGGGGCCGAGCUUGGGGCCGAGCCUGGGGCCGGGGCCGGCCGCCUCGCUGGACUCGGAGUGCGUGGCGGGCGGCGGCGUAGAGCACGCGGACAAGCUGAGCUUGCACAGCGAGACCGACAGCGGCUACGGCUCCUACACCCCCAGCCUGAAGUCCCCCAACGGCGUGCGGGUGCUGCCGUUGGUGCCCGCACCCGCAGGGGCGGCGGCGUCUCAGCGUGGCGCCGGCCCGGCCGGCUCGUCCCUCACCUGCCCGCAGUGCCACCGGAGCGCCUCCCUGGACCAGCGCGGCCUCCGCGGCUUCCAGCGCAACCGGCUGCUGGAGGCCAUCGUGCAGCGCUACCAGCAGGGCCGCGCCGCCGCCGCCGCCGCCAAGUGCCAGCUGUGCGACCGCAGCCCUCCCGAGCCGGCGGCCGCGCUGUGCGAGCAGUGCGACGUGCUGUACUGCUCCGCAUGCCAGCUCCGAUGCCACCCGGCCCGCGGGCCCUUUGCCAAGCACCGCCUGGUCCCACCGCCCGGGGCUCCGGGCACACCCGGAGGGGGCGAUAGCGGCGGGAAGGGGGCGGGCGGCGGGCGUAAGCUGCCAACGUGCGCCGAGCACGACCUGGAGAACUACAGCAUGUACUGCGUGAGCUGCCGCAGCCCCGUCUGCUACCAGUGCCUGGAGGACGGCAGGCACGGCAAGCACGACGUCAAGGCCCUGGGCGCCGUGUGGAAGCAGCACAAGGCGCAACUGUCUCAGGCUUUAAAUGGUGUUUCAGAUAAAGCAAAGGAAGCUAAAGAAUUUUUGGUUCAGCUGAAAAAUUUAUUGCAGCAGAUACAGGAGAAUGGACUGGAUUACGAAGCCUGUCUUGUUGCUCAGUGCGAUGCCUUGGUUGAUGCAUUAACGCGACAAAAGGCCAAAUUGCUCACAAAAGUGACCAAGGAACGUGAGCACAAACUAAAGGUUGUUUGGGACCAGAUAAACCACUGUACGCUGAAGCUACGUCAGUCAACAGGGCUUAUGGAGUACUGCCUAGAAGUUAUCAAAGAAAAUGAUCCCUCUGGGUUUUUACAGAUUUCAGAUGCUUUAAUCAAACGUGUCCAGGUAUCUCAGGAACAGUGGGUCAAAGGAGCCUUGGAGCCAAAAGUGUCUGCUGAGUUUGACCUGACGCUGGAUAGUGAACCCUUACUGCAAGCCAUUCAUCAGUUGGAUUUUAUUCAGAUGAAAUGUAGGGUUCCUGUUUCAGUGCCACCCGUCCCACUACUGCAGCUGGAGAAGUGUUGCACCAGAAACAACAGUGUGACGCUGGCCUGGAGGAUGCCACCUUUGAGCCACAACCCAGUGGAGGGUUAUAUCCUGGAACUGGAUGAUGGAGAUGGUGGCCAAUUCCGAGAAGUAUACGUUGGCAAGGAGACUCUCUGCACUAUCGAUGGCCUUCAUUUCAACAGCACCUAUAAUGCAAGAGUCAAAGCUUUUAACUCAUCAGGAGUUGGUCCAUACAGCAAGACAGUUAUUCUACAGACAUCAGAUGUGGCAUGGUUCACUUUCGACCCCUCCUCGGCUCACAGGGACAUCGUGCUGUCGAACGACAACCAGACUGCCACCUGCAGCAGUUACGAUGAUCGCGUUGUCCUUGGCACAGCCGCCUUCUCCAAGGGUGUGCAUUACUGGGAGCUGCACGUGGACCGGUACGACAACCAUCCCGAUCCAGCCUUUGGCAUUGCCAGGAUUAAUGUUGUCAAGGACAUCAUGCUAGGCAAGGACGACAAGGCGUGGGCCAUGUACGUUGACAACAACCGCAGCUGGUUCAUGCACUGCAAUUCUCACACCAACCGGACUGAAGGAGGAGUUUCCAAAGGUGCCACCGUCGGUGUCCUCCUGGAUCUAAAUAAGCACAACCUGACUUUCUACAUAAAUGGGCAGCAGCAAGGGCCUCCGGCUUUUGAAAACAUAGAGGGUGUUUUCAUGCCUGCACUAAGCCUCAACCGAAAUGUUCAGGUGACACUGCACACAGGACUGGAGGUUCCCCAAUGUGUAAAGCAGCCAAAGUUGCCCAGCAACUAAUGACGCUCCUGUUUGACCCUGUGCUGGAUUCUGUAAGCUGUCUCAGUGUGAUCUGGCACAUUUCAGUAAGUCAGUAUAAAAGCACUCUCUUCCCUAAUGUGGAAUGUUCGACACCGUGUUGCUCACUGAGCACUCCGCUGGUUACAGCUAGCCCACUCCAUCUUUAGUUUAACAAGCCAUAGCAAGCAUACCCACAGGACUGGCAUUGGAUUGCAGGUGGGUACCUGAACAUAUCUGCACUGCACUGCAUACAUGUGCUCACACACGCAUACACAUGUAUAUAUUUAUAAGGUGAAAAGUUAAAUGAGUUUAUUUUCUCUCUCGUGGCUGGAUUUGUGCUCAGAAGAUGUGGAUGCUAGAAAACACAGGCAAGACUAGGACUGAGGAACAAUGGUUGUUGGGACAGUUCACCAGUUGGUGAAUGGGAUUCCUUUGCUGCCUGCAGCCCUUAAUGAAGACAGCCCUUAAUGAAGACAGCAUGUGUUCUGGCAACUGAAGCGGAAGCUGCAUGCUCAGUUAAAGAAUUCACAGGCAAGAUUCUGUUCGCUGUUACAUCCAAGGGCUCAAAUGAUGCUCAACUAUUCCUUCUGGCUCCAGGUUACAGUAAGCUCUGAAUUACAUUCCCCUCAAAUUCAGUGACAGAAUUUGCACUUAUCUUCAAGUAUAAGAACGGUUUCCAAACGCUGUUGUGUAAUAGUUGUGCAUAUUUGAGCUUACAGCAUGGUAUGCGCAGAGUUCAGGCAUGAAAAGUGGAGAGAAAAAGAUAUCUGAUGCAUUUUCAUGUCUCUUACUUAACCGUGACUGUGGGGACUACUCAUAGAGAAGAUCCAAUGAUUAUCAGCACUACUCUUGAAAAAUGAUGCAAGAGGGAUCUUUCUGAACUUAAUUGAUAAGAGUUUUAUUUAGCUAUGGUACGUGCAAAGUGUCCCGCAUAGAGAAAUGCUGCUUUCCAGCCUUGAUCCCAUUAAGUCCUAGGCAGCUGUAGUUCCAAUGUAGCUUUGAGAUCAAAAGCCUUAAUUUUCUACUAGAUUAGGAUUGUGUAAUUAAUGUCUUGAUCUUCAUGAAGCAUUUGAACAGGAGAGAUUGGUGAGCUUAAUGCUAAAUCAAUUUUUAAGAAGUUUUCUGGAAUGGGACAUAAAUCCUUUGCAAGACUUGGCUGUGUCUUGCAUCUCCCAUGAAAGCAACAGGCUGCGUCAGACGCUGUCCAUGACAACAUGAAUCUGACCACCGUGGAAGUUCCCAGCAUAGAACAGAGCUCCCACCUGCAUGCUGCUGUCUGAAAACACAUUGAUUUGCGUGUGUGUUUCUUUUCCUCUGAAACAAGUUACCGUAUGCAACUGUGUGUACAUACCGUGAUACAUAAGAACAAGAUGCAGCCUGUACAAGCCCAUGACAUUCUGGGCUUUGUUAUUUCAAUCCUACAUUAACUGUGGUGAUAUCAAACAUGAAAAGCAUCAACUCUUACAUCCGAAUGAUGUACUGCAUCCUGUUUAAUGCUGCUUAUACAGAUUUUCCUCUCCAAGCAUACAAAUACGCACAUGCAUAUUUUUCUCAGCCAAGUAGGUAUGAAGCCUGGAAAAGCGUAUUCUAAUACCAACGCAGCUUACUGCCUCGCAUUACGCUAUGGCCACAGAAUCACCAGCUCAGGCCUCUCUCAGAUCAGAUCAGCCAGCUGCAGGUGAACAUUCAGCCCCUGGCACAUUGUUCACGUGGCACAGAGUGCUGGGGGGUUGCACUGCAAUACAGCAGCCAGCACCUCACUGGCAGCAUCCCCCUUGCAGCCACUGUGAGGAGGAAUAGGCAACCCAACCUGCUGUAGUUGCAGGUGACUCACAGCCUGCCACCAGUGCUGGUACCUGGCUCAUAUCUCCCCUGCAGAACAGCAGUGCGCCUUCAGUGAUGUCAAGACUGAAAUAGGAAACAAAACCAACAACAGGGAAAUAUAACCUUAGCUGUUAAGUGGGAAAGCAACUAUACAACAACUAGACUUUCUUCAGUCUGAAACGGGUUGUAUUAGGAAACUUUUAGACAUAACUGCUACACUCAUCUUCAUUUCAUAAAGAAUAGCAGAGACCAACUGUGUUUUAAUUUACAGUUUCAUUCAAUGCCAUGUGAACUCGUGCAGGAUUUUCUAUGUUAGUGGGUCUGCUUUAACCUACCUCAGCUCAAAUACUCCUGGACCCCAGACUUCUUCCCAAUCGUGCUCAUUGUAAACCUGUCUCCAGUGAACACAAGAGCUGUAAUCACAGCAAUGGCUUCAAGUAUUGCCAGUCAGAGCAGCGUGUGGGAAUACUGUACAAAGGCUGCACAUAGGUUUUUAUACUGGGAAACAUCCUGUGAUAAUUUUAAUGCAGAGGAUGCUCCACUCUCACUUUUCUUAUUAAAGGCAACCAGGCGUUGUUUGUUUUGGGACUGAACCUUUGUCUUUACUCCCAAAUUCCAUGAAGGAAAUUCAAGUGAAUUUAGGCCUUUCUACUCUUCAACCACUGCCAGACAUUUAAAUGGGUUUUAGAAGUGUUUGCAGUACUUGGUUUUGGUUAGCACAGAUGCUUUGGUAUCUGUUCCUAGUGUUGUACCUUGGGGAGAAUGCAGCAAGUGAUACAGGUUACUGUGUUUUAAUGCAAAUAUGGACAGUAGGUGGGGACAUACUUCAGAGCUGUAGAGAUGCACAGAGAAGCUCAUUUGCUGUUCUAACACCUGUACAAGUGAGGUACAGACUGACUAACUGCCAUUAUGGUCUCUUCUGCAUAUGUCAAUUUGGAGCACCUGCAUCUGUCUAAAUAAACACAGUAGACAAACCUUCCGCCCUGCAGAGCAACAAGGGAUGCUUAGUUUUCAUCUAUCCAUGCGAACCCAAACAUCACCCUUUGUGAAACUUUAUCCCGGCUCUUUCCUCUGCAGAUUUCCCUACUAAGUUCAGUGGGACAAAAGAGAAGAACUGUGCUAUCAGGGGUAUUGUCAGACUCCCAAGGUGCACAGUGCUACACUAAUUCCUACACUUGAGUUUCUAAAACAAGGAAGACAGGUAAACAAGGUCAGUCAUGUCCCAUACUUGCCGUGCAGUUGAGACACAGUAAAAUACAUUGGACUAAAUUGAAAAACAAAACCAAAAGCACAAGGUUACAUAUAUGAGAACUUAAGAGGAAAAGUAUCAACUGUGAUUUAUGAUAUGCAUAACGUUCCAUCGUGUUGUAAAUAAAGCCAUUACAGUGUGUUGCCGUAGUUUGUUCUUGGCUGGUGGUAGAGUUCUGUCGUAGUGCUGUAAAAGUAUGUUCUCUACUUUUUCUUUUCUUCAAAGUGUAAUUAGUAAAGAUGGCAGAGAGCACCCAGUCCUCUACUUUCCUAGUCGUUCUAGAGCAAAAAGAAAUGUGAUAUGCAGUUGUUUUUUUUCUCCUUUCUUACAUGAUAAUACUUACAGUAAGGAUGAGAAGGUCACGGCUAAUCUGCCACUACCACCACAUGGAAAACACUGUCUGUGAUUGCCAAUGAGGUGGUGCAUUCUGGACCAUAUAUAAGCCAACCUGUCCCUGUUAGAAGGGAUGAAGAGCACAGCAACCUGCUAACAGCAGCUUUCUGCAGCCAUCAAAUGCACCUUUUGUUCACAAAGGGAAUGACAAGGAAAUAGAGUUGUUAAACCUAAUCUCAGGCUUUACCAGCUUUGUAGCAUUCUGCUUAAAUAGCACAGGAAACAAUUAACCUUCAAGCCAGGCAAAAUAAUAUGAAAACCCAAGUAUCUUGGCUAGCUCAGCUUUGCAAGGGACAUUACAGUUACAAGUCCACCAACAGGUCAUUGCAACAAAUCAAACGCAUCACAAACGCAAAUGGCACCGGUCACCAACAAUUACCGAACAAAGAUGGAAAAUGAUCAUAGUAACUUUUCAUUUUGGGUUGGUUUCUUUUAUUUUCCCCUUUUCUUUGAAGCGAGCUGCUUGUGGUUUUUACUGACAACAUUUCUGGUGAUUAUCUGGUACUACUGAACGUGGCACUCAUGCAGAUGGCCGGAGUGGCAGCUUGAAGCACAAACUCAUCGUGGAUAAGAUGCACUCAGUCUUCUGAUGUGCAGAAGCCCAUAUGCAAGCCACACAAACUAAAUGUGUGGGGCUUCUGCAGCUUUGCACAAUACAGGGGACAGAUGUGCAUUGACUGCAAUAGGUACUAAGCACCAUGUUACCCUUCUGUCAAGCGAUCUUCCUUCUGUUGUAUUUGUUAUCGGAAGCAAAUACAAGCAGAAUAUCACUUCUGUCCCCCCCUAAUUUGAAGAUUUCUAUUAUUUUUCCUUAAAUCAGUAGACACAAGUAUUUACGGAUCCAGAUUGCAUCCUUCCAUCAUGAUUGCUGAUACCACCUUCCUUAAAUGUUGUCAAUAAAAACACCGACCUUUCUAGGUAGCAUGGUGAGAAGAUAUUAUGUGAUGAAUAUUACAAUAAAUGCAUGAGGUAGAACUGCUGUUAUUUCUGAUUGUGAUAUGAAGCAUGAGUAACACUAAUUUAAAUGUUGGCAACCAAAAAUUAAACGUGCAAAGGAUUAAGAUAACGGUGUUCACUUCUGGUUAAGCGAAAGACGAGAAGUUGUUUUUGUUUUCUUCUUAGCCACAAUGUUCUUUUCUUCAGCAUCAUUUCCCACAGCUGAUAUGAAUUUGGAGCUGGUGAAAUAUACAUCUCUGCUGUAUGUGACACUGUAUGUGUCUGUCACCAGGUCGAGAGGAAAAGAUAAACUUUUUAUAAUUUUGUAGCCUUGGCAAAGUUUGUAUUUUUUGAAUUGGGAACAAACUGCUUUUUUGUCUUUUGGUCUGACUACAACUUUGUGUAUUAUUGUUACUCUUUUGGAAACAAACAAAAACCUGACGUAUGAGUUUAUGCCAUUUUACAAUUUCUAAAUAAAUUCUUAAAACCUUGCCAACAAAUCCAA